AUGCCUCUGUCAGCGUCUCGCUCUACAGAAGACCAUGACCGUCGUCACAGGGAUGAAGCUCCUCGCCGCCUUCGGUGCGAGCGGAGUCUGUCCCUGCCUAUUGUCGGGGUCAGUGCUAAUUUCGAGGCGGACGGCGACGCCGACCAACCGAAACAGCUACGACUUACUGUGUUUCUGGAGGAUGAGGACAGGUUGCAACUCUCUUCUUGCGGCAUCGGCUGUUACAGGCCGAAGUGGCUGAGCAGGUUCAACACUCGCAGAUGGAUGCUGUUCUGGCUAUGCUGGUACUGCACAAUUCAGGGCAUGCUCGUCAACGGGCUGGUACCUUCGGUGGCCAGCACCAUCGAGCGACGCUUUAACUUUCACACGACGGCGCUCGGCCGGAUCCUGCCGGCGUACGAUGUCGCUUACGUACUGUGCUGUGUUCCGGUCAGCUACUUUGGUGACCGCCACUCGAAGCCGCUGUUCCUGGGAAUUGGCCUGCUGGUGAUGAGCAUCGGUUCGUUCCUGUUUUCGAUGCCGCACUUCGUCGUCGACCCAUAUGUGUAUGCGCAGCGGCAAGCGAACAUGGGCUGGUGUAACGCGUCGCUUCUUGACAUCGCCAACGCCACCAUGGCGGUGCACGGCCCGGUCGACGACAGCGCGAUGUGCAGCGAACAGCAACGGGACGGACUCUUGCAGUCGGUCAUAUACGUGCUGCAGAAGUUCCAGUACGAGUUCAUAUUCUUCGCCGCGCACCUUCUUCACGGUAUCGGCGCAACACCGCUCUUCACACUCGGCAUCAGCUUCAUCGACGAGAACGUCAAGCCAUCGCUUUCCUCGCAGUACGUAGGUAUUUUUUACACAUGCGUCAUAAUCGGACCAGCGGCUGGCUUUUUCUUGUCGGCAACGUUUUUGCAUUUUCAUACAGAUUUCCUAUCCGCCCGACAGGACACAACGUACAAGCAGCUGUAUUCGUUUAGAAUACCAGAGAUCGAUGAAAGUGAUCCGGAGUGGAUAGGAGCUUGGUGGAUAGGUUUUCUGGUCGCUGCUGUUCUGUCACUGUUCGCUGUUUUGCCUAUCCUCAGUUUUCCACGUUUAUUGCCAGAUGCGCUCAAGUGGCAGACUAGGCGCCUGAAGAUGGACGAGCAGGACAAAAUGGCGUCCAAGGCGGUGGUGCUGCUGGAUGACAGUGAGCAUGCGACGCACGUGUCGGUGCAUAACAAGGAGCAGGCGCUGAAAUUGCAGCUGUGGAGCGACAUCAGGAAUAUUCCCGGUGCUUUAAGCCAUCUCUUCACCAACAAAACGUUUGUGUUUCUAACGUUGGCGGCAGCGGCCGACAGUCUAUUAAUCACCGGAUUCUCCGGCUUUAUGGCCAAGUACUUGGAACGUCAGUUCAACGUGCGCAGCAGUCGCGCGAACGUUCUUAUAGGAUUCAUACUGGUUCCUUUCGCUGGCCUUGGUACGAUGACAAGCGGAUAUAUCGUAAAACGAUUAAGGAUGAGCUGCAGGUGCACGCUGAAGUUCUGCAUCAUUAUGGCGGUCGGUAGUCUGUUGCUGUCGCCGAUGUUCUUUGUGUACUGCAAACCGGCCUUAUUGAUUGGCGUUCAGUCUGACUACCCCAACGCAACAACCAACUUAACGAUGGAAGGUGGUUACAGUCUCAUAGCAGAAUGUAAUGACCACUGUGCGUGUUCUGCGUCGCAUUUCCAACCAGUUUGCGGAAUCGCGAAUGGCGAACGGAGUGUCUACUUUUCCAGCUGUUUUGCUGGCUGCGACGGUAAAUACGACAGAAUUAAAAAGUCCUAUAGUAACUGUUCGUGUUCGGAUGACGGGGAAGUUGCAGCGGGUUGGUGUCAAUCGAAGUGCAGCGCGUUAAGCGCUUUUCUCAUUUUGUUUGCCCCGAUUUGUUAUUUUACGUUUUCCAUUGGUGUUCCAGCGCUGUCCGUGGUUCUAAGAAUCGUGAACUACAGCGAGCGUAGCUUUGCUCUUGGAAUGCAGUGGAUUGCGAUCAGAUGUUUCGGUAACGAUUUAGGCACCAUACCGGCUCCGAUGUUGUUCGGUAUGCUGUUCGAGGUUUCUUGUGUUAUUCGACGACCACCGGAACGAUACUGCGGCGGCAAUAGUUCCAGUGAAGGUUCGUGCUAUGUGUACGACAACAAGCUGCUUGCAGAUCUAUUCCUGACGUUCGCCAUACUCGGUCAGUUAAUCACGCUGAUGUUUCUGGUGGCAGCAUGGGCUUGUUGUAAAGCAGAAAACGAAAUUACUGACCUGAACCAUGCCGCGGUUCGACGGAGUGCGAUAAUGGAUGAUUCAACGUCUGAUCAUUUGGCGGUAAGCCAUGAUUUUUCAAUGCCCUCUGUCGCUUGAUG